AGUAAAAGAUGAAAAUAGAUGUCGCUGUUUCCGGUUUCGGCCAUUGUACAUCCGGGUAUUUAUUAAAUUGGUUGCGGUUUGGUUUACAAAAUUGGCUAAAUAUGGCGGAUGAAUAAAACAAAUGGCUAUAUUAUUGUACGAGAAUAUUUUGGAAAUGUUCUGUGCUAGAUAGGAUGACGGGGUGGCAUACGCUGAGAGGAUGGAGUGUUGGUGAGGAGCCAGGUGACCAAGCAAACGGCACCAAACGCCACGUUGACCGGCGCAUGCGCGGAUCUCUUGAACCGGGAUCAGACGAUACAAAAUGAACUAUCUACGAGGGUUUAGUUCGGUCUUGGGCAGCCCAUCUGCUGGAAACCAGCCCUCGCCACACGAGACUAUUGAACGAUUGUGUGACCGGGUCGCGUCGUCUACUUUGUUGGAAGAUAGACGUGAUGCGGUCCGAGCGCUCAAAUCUCUCUCCAAGAAAUAUCGGCUGGAAGUUGGUACACAAGGGAUGGAUUUGCUGAUCAAUGUACUUCAAACUGACAGGAGUGACACUGAAAUUGUUGGAAUGUCAUUGGAAUCACUGUGUAACAUCAUGUCUACAGACACUCAGUCCCAAGAGCCUGGGGAUGCAUCUGACUCAGAAGUUGGUCUCCAGUUUACUGAGAUCUUCAUAAAAAAACCUGAUAAUGUCACCCUUCUUCUUGGAAUUCUUGAGGAAUAUGAAUUUCAUGUCCGUUGGCCUACUGUAAAACUACUGACUAUGCUUCUGACAAACAAAGGAAAUCUUCUACAGCAGUGCAUUUUAGUCAGCCCAAUGGGUGUUUCAAGGUUAAUGGACCUACUCUCUGACAGUAGGGAGAUAAUCAGAAAUGAGGGCUUGCUUCUCUUGAUCCAGUUGACAAAGUCUAAUGCUGCAAUUCAGAAAAUUGUGGCAUUUGAGAAUGCAUUUGAUCGUCUGAUGGAGAUCAUAGCUGAGGAAGGAUACAGUGAUGGAGGUGUCGUUGUUGAAGACUGCCUACUUUUGCUGCAACAUCUGCUCAAAGCUAAUGUUUCUAAUCAGAACUUCUUUAGGGAAGGAAGCUUCAUCCAGCGGAUAAAUCCAUUCUUUGAGAUGUCGGCCCUUGCUGAAGGAACGGAGGAAAAUGGCUGGGGUGACCAAAAAGUCUCAAAUGUCCAGCUUAUGCUACAGGUUGUACGUAUCCUAGUUUCACCAGACAAUCCACAACAGGCAUCAACCAGUGCACAGAAGAUUAUGAACCAUUGUGGCCUCUUGAAGCUGUUGUGUAGUGUACUUAUGGCUAGUGGCAUCCCUGCUGACAUUCUAACUGAAACAAUCAAUGCUGUGUCAGAAGUGAUAAGAGGGUUUCCAGCCAAUCAGGAUUACUUCUCACAAGUCAAUGCUCCCUCUGAACCCCCAAGGCCUGCCAUAAUUGUUCUACUGAUGUCCAUGAUAAAUGACAAGCAGCCAGCAAGUUUGCGCUGUGCCGUACUUUACUGCUUCCAGUGCUACUUGCACAAGAAUGAGGGUGGCCAGUCUGAGAUAGUAUCCACAUUACUUCCAUCAUCAGCAGAUGUAGCUAGCUCUGUCUCUACUGGUCAGUUGCUGUGUGCGGGAUUGUUCAGUCCUGAUCCGCUGUCUAACUGGUGUGCUGCUGUUGCUCUCGCCCAUUGCCUAAAGGGUAACCAGACCCAGAAAGAGCAGCUGCUGAGAGUGCAGCUUGCAACCAGUGUUGGCAAUCCACCAGUAUCACUUCUGCAGCAGUGUACCAAUAUGUUGGCACAAGGGGGCGACACCCAGACGCGCGUGGGUAUAGUAGUUCUGCUAUGCUCCUGGCUAUACAACUGUCCCAUUGCUGUUGCACACUUUCUACACAACCCAGCCAAUGUACCCUAUCUCAUGGCGCAAGUUGAGUCUCAUGGUGAGGAGGGAGAGGUGCUGGUGGGAUACCUGUGUAGUCUACUUCUUGGCCUAUGCCUUGCAUUCAAUGACGACUCAGUGCAGACAUGCAAAAGGGAUGAUCUGCGUGCCCUGAUUAACAAGCGGAUAGGCCUGGAGAACCUUCUGGAAAAAGUCAGCAACAUCUCCAAGUCUGAGUAUUUCACGGCAGCUGUGAAAUCACCCGAGAUCAAAGUAGAUGUCUCGCAUCAUGUUCUGUUCGACCACGAGUUUACCAGAUUAUUCAAGAAGCUUGACGCCGCCGUCAGCAAAGCCGUAGAGGAGACGCCAGAGUCUGCACCUGCGCAAAGUAAGAAGACUGCUGACCUAGAUAACCACGACUCCAUAGUGGCAUCUUACAAAGAGCUCAUCCGUGAACAGGACGAGGAGAUCGGCCGGCUAAAAUCUCGGUGCUCAGAACUUGAGUCUUCAUACAUGCAGAGUCAGAGCCAGCUGGAGCAGCAAUCACACGAGAUCUUUGAGCUUCGCCACCAGAUAGCCGGCAGGCAAGAUCCUCACCAGCCCUCAGUGUCUUGUCCCCGGACAAGUGACGGCAGUGAGGUCCUGGAACUGAGAAAUCAAGUAAACAAUCUACAUAUAAGUCAGCGAUCGCUGGAGCAGCUGUUGCAGGAAAAGCAAGUCCACGUUCAGAAUCUGGAAAAGGAUCUCGAGAUCUCCCAAGCCCAGCUCGCUGUCGCAACAGCUGCGGCCGAACUUGCCGACUCGUCCGAGUCGAGUUCUGCUGGCGAUGGGUCAGGACAGCUGAACAGCAACCAGCUCGAGGAUCUUGCCGGUCUGUGUAGGACUGUCACCAAGUUACAAGCAGAAGUAGAGACACUAAGGACGCAAAAUGCUGCUCUCCAACAACAGAAUGCCCCAUUGCAAGUAUCCCAAAGCCCCGGUACCCAGGCCGCUGUUGAAGCUGCUAGGCAAGAAUUAGCCUCGCACAUACGGGACCUGGAGGAAAGGCUUGCAGCUGUACAAGAGGAGAAGGAAUUGCAGACUCAGGAGCAUGAAGAUCUUUUGGUUAUGCUUGCCGAUCAGGCGGAGAAGAUUGUCCAGUAUAAGAAGACGCUUCGGGAUGCAGGCCAUGAGGUUAGCGAUGAUGAAGAUGAGGAAGGGGAUGACCACGAGGAGGGCGAUGAAGAGGACGACGACGGAGAGGAGGAAGAUGCCCAAGACGAAGUAGACGAACCUCAACAGCAGCAACAGCAGCAACAGCAAGAAGACCAACCAGAAGUAGUGACUCAAACUCAAUCUCUAGAGGAAACCCCCCCUGCCCCCCAACCUGAAGACCACACCCAAGAACCUGAGCUCCCCUCCCAAGACGACAAUUAUCCGGCUCACAAUGCUGAUUACAAAUCACAGGAAACGGGAUACGUGCCUCAGGAUGGGACGUACCCCUCCAGUCAAACUGACUUCCCAUCAUACGGCGGUAGCUUCCCCUCAAACUCUGCUGAGUACUCGUCUUAUGGCGCAGGGGACCAUACCCCUGGAUCUGGGUACCCUGUAAAUGGUACAGAGUACCCACCGCAAGAUUCUGGAUACGACACAGGGUACCCAUUACAAGACACAGGAUACCAAUCACAUGACACAGGGUACCAAUCAUACGACACAGGGUACCCAUUACAUGACACAGGGUACCCAUCCCAGUAUGGCGAUUACCCCAGUCAGUACGCUGACUAUCAAUCACCAUACUCAACGUACGAUCCCAGCCAGACCACGCCUCAGGAGUACUACAGACCCGACCAGGGGUACCCAGGGGGGCAAGACAUUAUGCAAGGCAUCGGUAUCAAACAAGACCCAGGCCUCGCGGACGCGGGAAUCAACUAUGGAGACGACGACAAUGACCUGACUUGACAUUGUACAAUCAAGAUAUCAAAAUUUUAUUGGUAUAAUCAGAAUUAUAAUUGGAAUUAUUAGGUCCCUUAACGAGAAAGGGACUGGGGUUGAGCUGGUUAUCCAUACGGGCUUAUACUGCGGACUUCUUGGUCCAGUAUCAGAGUGGCUUGCUGAGCCAAAACUUUGUUAUGUUCGACUAGCUUAGCAGAGAAAAGACUAAGACACGAACGAUUUUAUCCACGGCAUUGAACGCUCACAGCUUUGGCUGUAAAAAGAUUUAAAAUAAAGUAUACUUUUAUGCAUUUCA